AAUUUUACACAAACCCGUGUUCAAAAUGUCAGCUGGAACUAUCAUAAACAAACAUUUUGCAUUUUCUAAAAUUGUAUUACCCAAUCUGAUAAGUUGUAGACAACUCUCUAUUACAAAUCCAUUAUCAAAAAAAAGACGAAACAUUUCUAAAUGGAAAAACAGUUUUCCGUCAACUGUAUACACAGAAGUCGACUUAGAGGAGAGAUGCUUCGACAACAUACUUGACACAAAAACCAAAAAUAGGUUUCAUCGAAGAAAUAUGUUCAAGUUACUUCUUGAUAGGCUCAUCACUCAUGAAAGAGUUGUUGUUACAUAUGUUAGAGGAAAGGGAUUAGCUAGACUUACAGAAUUGUUAUUUGAUUUCGCAAAGAAUGGCGAUGAACCAGCAGUUUAUUCCUUAAUGCAUAGAAAAGAACUUGUUCCUCGUGUUUUCAAAGACUUAUUGCCUCGAUUUGAAAAUCUAGAAAGUGGUUACACUCGAAUGUAUCGUUUGCAGUCAGAAGCAAUUCCACAAGUCCGACGUGGGCGUUUAUUGCAUCACAUAAAAGGAAACGCUGUAGUUGAACUUGUUGGUAAUGACCUCCCUCCUCUUUUACCCACAGAAGAAGAGUUACAGAAACUUACAUUUGAAUAUAUGAUGAAGAAAAAAGAAUCUAUUGAUAAUAUAAGGAGAGGAACUUGUCUUUAAAGAUCUUGUAUUUAAUUUCAUAUAAGUAAGACAUCUAUUUCUAAAUAAUCUUUUUAUAAAAGUUUUUCAUUCUCGUCUGAACAUUGCUGAUAUUUAACUUAUUUAAUUCAGCGUUAUUUAAUAAAAAUUAUAAAAUUUUAUCGCUUUUUAAAUUUUGUUAAUUCAAACUUCAAGCAGAUUAAGGUCAGAGGCGAUUUUAGGGGGAGGGGUAACACCUUCUCAAAGAAGGUGAUUUUGAAGUUGUAUUUGGUUUUUUUAAAGAACACAUUUUUUUAGAUUUA